AUGCCUGACAUCACAUCGUUGCCGAGUCAUCCACCACCACAGGAUGCAGAGAUCAUAAGGGAGGCAAUUCCCUCCCACCCGCUAGGCGUGAAGCCAAGUGGGAAUGCUCUGUUGGCUACCUGGAGUCUUCGCAACGCCAUAGGGACCUUUCAACAUCUGCCAGACGAACUAAUCCUGUUGUUGUUGGAGGGCUUCGACGGGCCAAGCCUGUUGAGAAUCGGGCGGACAUGCAAGGCUUUUUAUGCAUUUACCCGGGCUGAAGAACUGUGGAAGGCGCUGUUUGUUCGUGAUCCAAGAGAAGAUUUCACAUGGCGAGGGACAUGGCGGUCAACAUAUCUCAAUAUCCCCGCCUCCAAAGUGCCCAUGGUAGACUGUUCCCAGCUAUUCUCCGAUUCUCUAUACCGGCCAUUCAACUGCGCACACAUCUCACUCGACCCCUAUGUCUCCAAGAUCCCGGCGCGGAACCAGAUUGCACGACUUCCAGACCUGUCACCAGAGGAAUUCCAAGCAAAUUGGACUGACCGACCAUUCAUCUUGACUGAGCCUGUCAAGGCCUGGCCAGCAUACAAGAACUGGACCGUCGGUUCACUACUAGCCCGAUACGGGAAGACCAAGUUCCGUGCCGAAGCCGUGGACUGGGCCAUGCGCACCUACGGCGACUACAUGGCAGAUAACUCCGACGAGAGCCCGCUGUACCUAUUCGACCGGUCCUUCGUCUCCAAGAUGGGACUGUCCGUUGGAUCUCCCAAAACUACACCCGACGCAUCGUACUGGCCCCCAGCGUGUUUCGCUGAAGACUUCUUCUCCGUGCUUGGUGACGACCGCCCUGAUCAUCAGUGGUUGAUUAUCGGGCCCGAGCGGUCCGGCAGCAAGUUCCACAAAGACCCUAAUGCUACUAGUGCCUGGAAUGCCGUGCUACGCGGUCCCAAAUAUUGGAUCAUGUUUCCGUCCAGCACGAAACAGCCCCCGCCUCCUGGUGUCUUUGUGUCGGACGAUCAGAGUGAGGUGACCUCUCCACUGAGCAUUGCCGAAUGGCUACUGGGCUUCCACGCCGAGGCACGCCGGACUCAGGGCUGUGUGGAGGGGAUCUGCGGCGAGGGUGAGAUCUUACAUGUUCCGUCUGGGUGGUGGCAUUUGGUCGUGAACCUGGAGCCGUCGAUCGCUAUUACGCAGAACUUUGUUCCCCGAGGCCAUCUCGGCGCUGCCUUAGAUUUCUUGUCUAAUAAACCGGACCAGGUGUCUGGGUUCCGCAAGAACGUGGCUAAUCCAUGUGAGCGGUUUAUGACCGGUAUGCGCGAGGCAUAUCCCGACCUCCUGCAGCACGCUUGGGAUGAGUUGCAGAAGAAGAACGAAGGAAAGAAGCGCAAGUGGGAGGAUAUUGUUCAUGGGAAAACAGAGGAUACCCCUGAUGGGCAAGACACCGAAGGAGGUGGAUUCAGUUUUGGAUUUGGUGAUGAUGGGAGUGAUGUUGAAGUUCCAUGA